GUUUUCAGUUGUUUACGUGUAUAAAACCGCCGUUGUUUCUGGCACCGUACUUCAUUUCACGGUCGCAUUCAUUUGAACUGACGAUCUUUUUGAACAUAAACAUCCAACAUGUUGAGAGCAGUUUGCUUUACUGGAAUGAUAUCAGUCCUUACCAUCAACACAACUAGAGCACAGUCCACAACGGGUUCCAAUGCGUGGUUUGGCGCCCCAGGAGACACGAUGAUGUAUUUGGACACCGAUACCAACGUGACAUAUGAUACGUGCGUAACGAUGUGCAGUACAACGAGCACUGCUGAUGGUAUUGCGUAUUGCGAUGGAAAUAAGCUCUUCGCAAAUAAGCUCUGUCAGAUUCUACAAGCAAACGAUCCUGUCAAAAAUGUUCGGGAAAUAUGGUGUAAAGACACGACGACUGGGACAUGCUCAGCGGUGCUUACUAGUAGUGGCGGACAAUACUUUCCCUUUCCUCCAACUGACUGUAGUGGUAACAGAGACUGCCUAUGCGAAAAGAAUACCGCAUUGACAGCACCUCAGCAUACAGCGACAGUACCAUCCCCAUCAACUACCAUACAGACACCAAAGCUAGCAACACGCACCACACAUAUACCAAAUAGUCUUACCAAACCUUCGGGCAUCACUGCGACGACUCCUACCGAAACAUCGGCCACCACAACGACAACGUCUCCAGCUCCCAUUCGUGCGCCGUCCGCCCGCGCCACUUUCCAUGACUUCCUUAUGCCGCCAAAGUUCAGCCUGCCUCCAGAUACAGACAGGCUGCAGCACGUGCAGACGAACUCCCAGGUGGUCUGCGCAGCGAGAUGUCUGCGCAUGACCGGCUGUAGGUCCUUCACCCUUCGUCCAACGGAGAACGCAUGUAACCUCUACAAGGGCGACUACUCGGGUGGUGGUGCCGAUGUUGACCCCUCGGACACGAAGUACUUUGUGAAACAUUAGAGACAUUCUAGUAUCAGAGAACAAUUUACUCUAUGUCACAAAUGUGUCACUUACGAAUAGCUCAUAUUAGUUUGUUUCUAUGUUUGUGUUAAUGUUCGUUUAAGCCAUUUAUGCUUAGUGGACUCUCCAAUCCAUUUAAAAUGGAUCAAUUUAAUUCCAAAAUUAGGGAUGUCUAGUACGUGUGUAUAUUUAUUUCUAUAUUAAGAAUAUUUCUUACAGAAAUCUCUUUAAGCAAACAUCAUGCGGCGUCUAAUCUGGGUCUACGCUGUUUGCCAGGGCCUUUUUUCUGGACGCUAGGCAUAAAUGGGUUAAUGUUCGCUUUAAAUGGAAAUAAAAUUUAGCAAUAUAACGAUGGAACUUAUUUCAUGGAAGUCAAUUGAAAUAUCAAACUUGAUGUACCGUAAUAGUUUCUAACCUGAGCCUCGUUCUGGGAAAACUGAGCUUAACCCUUUGCAUGCUGGGAAAGUUGUCGUCCCACAGCGUUCUGUGGCGUCUCAUCUGCAUCCAAACUGUUAGUAAAGGCCUUUAAAAUCCGGUUCCAGCGCUGAAAGAGUUAAUACAUGUGCGUAAACUGUCGCCUAUGCAUCCCGGGCGUGCUUAUCAGGGACAAUACUUUACACUCGUAUUUACUUUUUCGUUAAAAGAAGUUCCAUUUUUGACGAUGCUGCGAAGCAGCUCGUCUAAGUUAUCAUACCAUGAAAAAUUCUUCACAAUGGCGACCUAUUUAAAAUACCGAGCCAGUCCGAUUGAGAUAGCUCGAUUUUUCUAAUCGGCAUACCUCGCUGAUUAUCAUUGAUAAAGGUAUAGGAAGCUCAGCUAUAAAUAGGACAGCAUAUUCUGUGAAAAAGAUUUAUUAAUAGUUUGAACACGUUAAUUUUAAAUCAGUUAUAUUCAAUCCAUUAUAUGUUUAUAGAUCAAUAAAACAACUAUGCAUUUUCUGUAUUGUAUUUGACAUUUGUCGUGAUUCAGUAAAUAAAUUGCGAAUUAAAACGUGUAUGAUUAACUUUCAACGCGAUCAUGAGUAUAAAGAAAACACAUUAUUUCGAACCUGCCAUUUGUAACCGUUGUAGCGACUAUGGUAUAUAACCAGCAUAAUAGCCGUAAGAUAUCUGUGAAACUCGCUCUUAUGCGUGCUUUCUCAUUUUGCAUAUUUAAUAAACUUUUCAAACAGAAAUUACAGAACCACAUCAGUACACAUACUAUGUUUGAUAAUUCAUUCGUUUGUUGGAUAUUGUUUGUGGUUUUAAACACAUAUAAGGUCAUAUCGCGGAGAUUUAGUUAACCUUAC